AUUCAGUGUAGCAGCAUCAGCUCGAGCUCUGAGAGGAUUUCUGUCGUCUUCAACUCUCUUCUCUGGUGGAGUGAAUGUAAAUGAUGGAGAUAUUGGUGACGUUCCUUCUCACUGGAUCCCUGAUACAAGGUGUUUUUUGUGGGUUCAUUAUCAAUCUGCCGCAGACAGUAGAAGCUGUAAAAGGAUCCUGUGUUUUCAUACCCUGCACAUUUGAUAUUGAUCAACAACAUGAAAAUUUACUCACUGACAGUGCAAAGAGAAUAUGGUAUAAAGAAGGAAACCCUGCAACUGAAGUGUUUGACUCCAGCCGCCCCAACACUGGACUGUUAAAAGGAGAAAUAUUUGGCACUGCUACACAGAAAAACUGCAGCACACGCUUCGAUGACGUCAAUCAGAGUCAUAAUGGGUCAUAUUACUUCAGACUUGAAGCCAAUGGUAAUUUGAAAUAUAACUACAAAGAACCUAAACACAACCAUGUUCAAAUUGGUGUCUUAGGAUCUCCACCCAAACCCACAGUGAGAGUCUUUAAGGAUCAGCAGCAGGUGAUGAAGACGGUGGAGGUGAUGGAGGGAAGUUCAGUGAGUCUGCGCUGCUCUACUAAGAUCUUCUGUCCGUCUCGUCCACCGUCUCUCACAUGGAGCUCGUCUCUCAAUAAAAACGUCACAGGACGGCAGUAUCAGAACCAAACUGAGCUCAUCUCUGAUCUGAACUUCACUGUUUCUCACCGUCAUCACGGAGUCACUUUCACCUGCUCUGCAACACACCAGCUACAGAAGAAGAACACCACAACCCGGCGCUCCCGUGUGCUACAAGUUCAGUAUGCUCCUAAAAACACAUCAGUGAUGAUAAACCCAGCUGGUUUAGUUCUGGAGGGUCGUUCAGUGACUCUGAGCUGCAGCAGUGAUGCAAACCCAGCAGUGAACUACACCUGGUACAGAGACACUGAAGAACUCCUGAAUCCAGUUCAGACCGGACCAAACCUGACCAUCAACAACACUGACCCGACACACAGAGGACGAUACUACUGUAGAGCUGAGAACAAACACGGCACUCAGAACACAUCAGUGCUGCUGGACGUCCAGUAUGCUCCUAAAAACACAUCAGUGAUGAUAAACCCAGCUGGUUUAGUUCUGGAGGGUCGUUCAGUGACUCUGAGCUGCAGCAGUGAUGCAAACCCAGCAGUGAACUACACCUGGUACAGAGACACUGAAGACCUCCUGAAACCAGUUCAGACCGGACCAAACCUGACCAUCAACAACACUGACCCGACACACAGUGGACGAUACUACUGUAGAGCUGAGAACAAACACGGCACUCAGAACACAUCAGUGCUGCUGGACGUCCAGUAUGCCCCAAAAAACACAUCGUUGUCAGCGUUUCCCUCCAGCUCAGUGAUGGAGGGCAAACCAGUGGCUCUGAACUGCAGGACUGAUGCAAACCCAGCAGAGCUCAACUACACCUGGUACAGAGAGACUGGAUCUCAAAUUGAGUUUCUCCAGACUGGAUAUAAUCACACCUACAUCGUGACAACCCCUACACACGGCGCAUGGUAUGGCUGUAAUGCUCAAAACCAGCAUGGCCAACGCAACGCUACAAUUCAACUUGAUGUUCAGUCUGCACCCAAUAUCUCCAGCUCUUGUAGCCGAAACAGUGUAAUCGCGUGUGUCUGUGAGGCUCAUGGGAAUCCCUGUCCUACACUAGAGUGGCGUCUGUCUGGACAUGUGCUCGCUAACUCUACAGAAACCUCCAUCAGAGAGGAGACGCUAGGAAGCACAGGAGUGAAGAGCGUCCUGACCACCCGUCAGUCCCUCACAGACACGCACGUCCUGCAGUGUUUCAGCUCAAACACUUACGGCAGAGCGAGUCAACAGUUUCAAGCCACCCCAACGCCACAAGAGACAAGUUUCCAGCCUCUGUCUGUUCUGUUUGGAGCUGCUGUCGGUGCGUCAGUGAUAAUGAUCAUGUGCAUCGUGAUGCUCUGCUAUGAACGAAGAAGGAAAGAAAAACCUUCAGAAACCAGACAAGACGACACAUCUGGACUCAUUCUGACUCAAACAGCCGUUGCUCUGGAUGAUGACGGCCAGUUUGUUUACGGCAAUAAAGGCAUGCUGUCAUCCACCGCACCGAGUUCACCAGAAUCUCUUCAUUAUUCCUCCAUCGACUUCACAAACACUGAACCACCGUCAGGAGAGAUCAGGGGCAUCGCCUCGCUGACCAGUGAAUACGCUACAGUCCGACACCAUCCUGCAGGAGCCACAGACACAGAGAACAACACCUCAACAUCUGAGACAGAGCCCAAAAAACAAGACGUGACAGCAGAGAUCACAGACACCUCAUCACCGGCAUCAGAAGACGUGAUUUAUGAAAACACGAGCCAUCGCUACAGACAGAAGGAACCGCUGAUCAGUGCAGAUGAUGCUGAAAAGCAAGACUGAACCAAAGCCUUCAAAUCUGUGAGCUCCACAGUGAUUUUUAGAGCGAUUUAAAGGAUCAUUCAUCCAAAAAUGACAAUCACAAACCUUUCUUUCUUCUGUGGAACAUAAAAGAAGAUAUCUUAAAUGCUUUUUGUUUUUUUUAUCAGUGUUUUAACUGGGUAGUUUGCCCAAAAAGACAAUUUUCUAUUAAUUUAUUAACCCUCAGGACAUCCAAGAUGUAGGUUUCUUCAGUAGAACUGUAAAGAAGAUGAUCCUUGGCGAUUCACAGAAUGCAAAUCAGCAGCUACAGACACUUUUGAGAGUCAAAAGAGCAGAUACAUGUAAAGCAAAAUUAAUACUCGUGGCUUCUGGUGAUAUAUUGAGGUCUUUUGAAGUGAAACGAUUGGUCUGUGCGAGAAACCAGUCCUGCAUAAUUUAUUUUUAUUAUGUAUUUUAUUAUACACCAGUGACUAUCGUUUCUUAUUCAAAAUGUUUCCAUUCCAUUCCAUAGGCGUAAUGGUUUUUAUACUGUACAAACUGUAUUUUCUAUCGCCCUACACCAACCCUACAACCUAAACCUACCCCUUACAGAAAACUUUGUGCAUUUAUGCAAGUAUGAGCCAGUAACUGCCAGUAAAACUGCCAGUAAAAAUUCUGUUAUUUGUUUAUAAAGCCCUCAAUAAUUUGGCCCCUCAGUACCUGACAGACCUUCAUGGUCCGUACACCCCUUCUAGAAAAUUGAGAUCCAGUGAACUCUGUCUACUCAUCGUGCCUAGAUCAGGUCCGAAACUCUGGAACAGGCUACCUCUUCAUAUUAGAUUAGCCCCCUCUAUUUCUGCUUUUAAGUCUGCUCUAUUUAUUCUCUCUCGCUUUCAAUAACCCUUGAUCAUUGGUUCAAUUGUUGUUUUGUUAUUGUUGUGUUUUAAAUUUUAUUUCUGAGUCUUUUUUAUUCUAUUCUGUACCGCACUUUGGUCAACUUCGGUUGUUUUAAAUGUGCUUUACAAAUAUAUAUUGUAUUGUAUUGUAGAUUUUCAAAAAAACACCAUUUUGUAUGUUUUUAAAGGGAUCAUCGGAUGCCCAUUUUCCACUAGUUGAUAUGAUUCUUUAGGGUCUUAAUGAAAAGUCUAUAACAUACUUUGGUUAAAAUUUCUCAAUGGUAGUGUAAAAAAACACCUUUUUACCCUGUCAAAAUCAGCUCUGUUUUCAGCAAGCUGUUUUUUAGUCCAUGUUGCUUUAAAUGCUAAUGAGCUCUGCUGACCCCACCCCUCUCUUCUGUGGAGUGAGGAGCAGACUGUCAACUUCAGCCACGAAACUGGCUAACUAGCACAUUAUUAGGAAAGGCGAUUUGCAAAGAUUCAUAAAAAACCCUUAUACUCACUUCUUCUGUAGCUGAGGCUGGAUCACGAACAUAAACGCAUUUAGGCAGAUCAGGAUAGGUGCAUUUUUGUCAUUAUAGGAUGGAUGUGUACACCCACUUCCUACACACAUUUAUGUUCAAAUAACUUGUAAAGUGAAUUUUGCAUCCGAUGACCCCUUUAAGCUUUUUGAAAUUACAGGGACAUAGGCAGUGUCCUCAUAAACCACCUUCACAUUGCAAUACCCAUGUCAAACCUAUGUCAUUAUACAAAUUUGUGUCCUUGUAUAAAUAAAUGAGAAUAAAAGAAUAAAUGAGGACAAAGAAAAGAAAUUGGAGAUAAAAUUCUCUGAUUUUGAGGUGUAUGAAUGGCAUUGUGCCGUCUGUAUAGAUAAGGAAAGAGUUUAUGUAAGGUUUUGAGCAUAAUACAUUUAAAUCUCACAAAUAAACAUUUGACAAUCUUACAAGUAA